GGCCGGAUCUCCCGGAUCUUGUGGGGCUGGAGGGAUCUGCCGGGUCCGGGAGGAUCUCCGGGCUUGGGGAGGAGCAGGCCGGCGUCGGGAUCAGUCGCUGUCCCGAGGGGGAGCGGGCCGGGGUUCUCCCCCCUGUCCCGGGGGGGCAACAGGAGCGCCCCGGUCUCAGCUGGGAGCGAGGGGUGGCCCCGGUACCUGUGGGGUUGAAGUCCCGUGAAACCCCCGAUCCGAUUCCUGCUUUGGAACGCUUUUAUUUCCCUUUAGGAGCAGGAUGUAUACACUGCUGUCAGGGCUCUAUAAAUACAUGUUCCAGAGGGAUGAGUACUGUGUCCUGAUCCUGGGUUUGGACAAUGCUGGUAAAACUACCUUCCUUGAACAAACUAAAACCCGAUUUAACAAGAACUACAAAGGGAUGAGUUUGUCCAAAAUCACAACCACUGUAGGCUUAAACAUUGGAACUAUUGAUGUUGGCAAAACUCGGCUCAUGUUCUGGGACCUUGGUGGGCAGGAGGAGCUGCAGUCACUUUGGGACAAGUACUAUGCUGAAUCUCAUGGGGUGAUCUAUGUUAUUGACUCCACUGAUGAGGAGAGGCUCUCUGAGUCCAAAAGAGCUUUUGAGAAGAUGAUUACCAGUGAAGCUCUGGAAGGGGUUCCCAUUCUGGUGUUGGCCAACAAGCAGGAUGUAGAGAGUUGUCUGUCAAUACCCGAUAUCAAAACAGCAUUUAGUGACUGCAUUAACAAAAUUGGGAAGAGAGACUGCCUGACACAAGCCUGCUCAGCUCUUACUGGCAAAGGGGUGAACGAAGGGAUUGAGUGGAUGGUGAAGUGUGUGGUGAGGAACAUCCACCGCCCCCCAAGGAAGAAGGACAUCACGUAGAGCUCUGAGCCAGCCAAGCAAUGGACAGUCUCUUUCCACACACUUUUGUGUUCCCUUUAAAGAAGGUGAUCCACUGGAUUCCUAUUACACCUGAUUCUUUCCUAAAUUUGGAGACAAAUAUUCUCUUUCUGUGUCUAAAAAACACUUGAGCCAAGGAUUCCAACUGGGUGGGGGGUGGGAAUCUCUUACAUUAAGUAUUGUUACUGGCCUCUGAGCAUCCUAUGUAGCAACCCACACAUUGUUGCCAAUGCAAAAGACUUAAUUUUUCUACUAUCUUACUUUGUGAUUCCUGAUUUGUGAAUCUAGCAGGCUGGAGGCUGGUGACAUGAAGGAACUCCUGAAGGAGAUGCAGAGGUGAAUGUUGAAGGGGAGGAACAGCCUGGGGAAUGGCUGUUCCUCCUAACUGCCAAGAUCCUUGCUGCUCCAGCCCCAUGUUCCUGCAGGGUGUUACUGGCCCUGUUAUGCUGCUGUUUGUGUAGUGGGGAGAGACAGCAUUGAUUAGAACUUGAUUUUCACUCGGGGUGUUGAUUCAUAACUUUGACCUGUGGUAAAAGCAGAUGUGGAAAUCAGCAACUGCACGGUGGUCAUUGGAUUGUGGAAUUGUUAAUGUUGGAAAAGACCUCAUCAAAUCCAGCUGUGCUGGCUGAAAUGGAUUUUCCUACCAGGACCCCAAUUGCAGAAGCACUGCCUUGCUCUGACUGCCAGUCUCUUUGUGCACUCUCUUUAAUCCUAAGAGUAAUUGAGAUCUUCUGUAACUGGAGUGAAUCAAGGCCCUCUCUGUGAUCUUUCUAAGCUGAAAACAACCUCUAGACAGGAAGAAAUCAGUAUGCAAUAAAGCUUCCUACUUAUUUGAACUUCCCUGGCUGAAACAGUGGUAUUUGGGAAUAGCAGUACUUAGCCUAGGUUUGGUUUUUUUUAAUUGUAGGAAAAACCAGAAAGGCAGCACUCAAAAGACAGUGCUCAGUGCUUACAUCACCUACUCAGCUAGAUCUGCUGAUAUAUCAAUAUCUUUUCCCUGAAUAUGAGUUUUUAGGUGAAUUUCAUGGUGGUUUGGCAAUGGGUUUUGCUCUUCUGCUGUUUUAUUUACUCCUGGCACUGGUGAACGUUCUGUGCUGUUUGCUGACAUAAGGAAGGGGCCAUCAUUCAAGCUGUACUUGAGCCAGUCCAUAGUAUUUGUUUAGUCUCUUAGUUGGCAACUGUCAAAGAACUUUCUGCUGAAUUUCCUCCACGGAACUCUCAGAUGUUUUUUGAGAGAGAACAUCAAUCAUUUGCUCACAUUUCGGUUAAAGCACAAAGGCAGCUGGGCUGUAUCAUUAAGUUCAUGAAGUCAGCAGAAAAAAAUGCAAACUGAAGAGCAGAAUCUUUGCUUCUCAGCAGAAGUAAGGCUCCUUCACACCUAGGGAGUCAAUCAUUUUUCUUGUGUGUUCUGUGAAUGUGGAGGAUCCCUUGGAAAUCACUCACCCACUGUAGGAAGUGGCACUUUUGUUGGGUGAUGCAGGGCUGAGAUUUUCAAGAGUACUAAAGUUUUGGAGAACCAAUGGCCUUUGAUUAUUAGGAGCAUCUCUCUCACUGGGCUCUUUUAAAACACUUGGAAGGUAUUGGAAUGUGAAUCCCAAUAUAACCAGUUAGAUUGUGCCUGGGUCAGUGUGACCCUCGCUGCUGAGCCAAAGGCGGCUUCUGUGGUGCUUUACCCCAGAGAUACCUUGGCUGCUGGAGAUUGCAGCAGGGCACUGGUGGAAGUCCAGGCUUGUCAGGAACUCCGUUUACCUCAGGAGAGAUGGUGAAGAGAUGAAGGAGAGGAUUCUGCUGGAGGGUUGCCAGAUGUUUAUUCCAUGGUUACAGAGGUCUGAACCGGGGCAACUGCUGCCAACAGAAUGCGGCCGCAUGGUCUCAUUAACCUUUUAAGCUCCGGGACAGGGGAAGGGGAGGGGACAGGUGAGCUACCAACCAGGUGAAAGGGGCAGGGUCUCAAGGGACUAGGGACACCUAUCCAAUGUCCCCCAGGCCUGAGGGACCAACCACACGACGCCUUGCUGGAAUGUUAAACCUGAUUGACAGGACUCACUCAGCAAGGGGGCGAGGGGGCAGGGAGAGAGGCAUAGGCACACCUGGGAAGGGACCCGGAAGUUUAAAACAGGACAUUGCAACACACCGCAACAGGAAGGCCUGAGUGUUUUCAGGGUGACUUUGUGGCCCUGGCUGCUUUGGUUGGCAGAGUUGGUACUGACAAUGAAACUGAAGAUGUAAAACUGUAACUAAUGAACAAAGGUACCUUGCUGAGAGUCAAAACACUUUAGUCAAGUAGCUUGAAAUGUCUAUUCUUUAGGACACAAAGAAUUUUCCAAGAUUUCCACAUACUGUUUUCAGAUCUCUUGCUCUCUUUUUUCCCUGGGAAACCAGAAAUGACAAAACAGUUUCUAGACACAGACUGCUUUGUGGUCCAUAUCUGCAGAGUGUCUUAAAGCCAAUGUUUUGACCUCAGGAUUCCAAGUUCUCGGGCGUGGGAGAGUCAUUUUCCUAGAGACCUGCCCACGCUGGGAUAGGUAUGCAUGAGUGUGCUCUGGCUACAAGAAAUCAGGGAGGAUUUCUCUGAAACCACCAAAGUUCAUUCUAAUUCAAAGUGACCUUCCACAGCAGCAUCCCAGCAGAUGGGAUGUUUUUUAUAUUUUGAUUGGAAAUGUAAUGAUUUUUCUCAUUUUAUACUUACAGGAAGCACAGACUUAUUUGAAAUGCUUUUUUUUGUUUGUUUCAAGUGACCCCUCUGCCAGACCUCAAAGCAAAAAUGUUUCUGAAUUCAAAGUUCACAUUUAGUCAGUUGUCCAGAUUUUUGAUACGUUUGCAUUGGACUUGUUUUGCCCAUGCCUGUUCACAGCAAUGAAAUUGCCUGAAGAGCUGUUUUAUCUUCCCAAAGGAAUACAGACUGAUCAUCUGCACUUUUGUCAUGGUUUGACCCGGAAACAGGAUUUCUGGGAUGCUGUGUGGAUGGGGCCAAUGAGUGCUCAGAUUUGAAUAUUGCCAUCUGGCCUAACCACUGGGCACUGGAUCCACCUCCGAGAACACAGGGUAAAAGCCGGGCUCUCCCCCUGGCAGUUCCUCUUUGGAUUUUCGGCGGUGAAGGAGUUGAGUCUCUCCCCCGGCCCAGUUGCUGGCUGGGCUGGGGGAGGGGAAAAGCCAUGCGGCCCGGCCUGGGAGAGGUAGGCCUGGCCCCCCCCCCAAGGGUGGAAGGAAGAAAAUAAAGAAAUGCCGGGAAGCAAUGGGCAGCCUGUUCCCCCCCCCUACCUUGGAGACAGACAGAGAGAGUGCAGCCGGUGUUUGUGUGCCGUUACCUUGAAAGCAGUAAACGUGCUGGCAGCAGGCAGCCCGGCUGAGGAGAUGGUGGGGGGGGUGCAGCCAGGAGUCCAGCCGCUUGGGGGAGUUUUUAAGCCUUUCUUUGGACAAUGAAGAUUUCACAGAACACUAACCCUUCCUAGAUCAGAGUGUAGGAGGACGAAGGAGAUGAGUGAGUGAUGAAAGUCUGGCCCAGAGAGAGAGAGUGCGAUAUUUUGGAAAGAUGGAGAAGAGGGAGUGGCAUUUUAUGCUGGACUCUUUUGUGUAGCCAUGGACAGAGCUAUGUUCCUCUGGAAUACAGAGACUGAGACCAGGGGGAGAAAUGUCCCAGAGCCAAAGAAGAUUCAGUGUGGGUACCCCUCAGCCCCAGGGGGUAUAUAAAAUAUGGGGGGGACAGAUGUCCCAGAGGUGAGAGACUGAGCUUUUCUGGAACUGGACACAGCCUCCUUAAAAGGACAACCCUGGAAGCAGCCCUGAUUCUGGUCCGGUGGUGAGAGCACCGGAACAAGGACGGAAAAGGCCACCACGACACAUGGCAGGACUCCCUUUCCUCUUGAGGAACUGAAGCUGAGCAUUCUAAAGGGUGGUGCUGGACCCAGAAUUGAUUUUGGAUUGUAUUGUAUUGGGAAUUUGGGGGGGAGGAGGAGGAGGAGAGUGUUUUUGUGAGGUUUUCAUUUUCCUUGUGUUUUU